AACAGAGGAGGAGAGAAGCCGGAGGAGCAGAGCUCUCCGUCUGCCAGAGUGCGCGCGCGCUGCGCUCUGAGAGAAGUGCGCUUUUGAGUGCCUGUGGAUGAAAGUAGCGCGCAACAGGAGAUUGCCUUAAAGAAUCUCAACCUGCGCGUUUCUCCCUCUCAGAUCUGCCUUUACUCACACUAUUCUGGCUUAACCUGGCACUCAGAUUACCGUUUUCCUCCGUGCUUCAGCAAUGAAUUUGUCAACCAAUGAAAGUGACCCUUUUGCUCGGAACGAGGAGGUGGCCAAGCUGGAGAUCACGGUGUUGAGCCUGACCUUCGUCGUGGCCGUCGCGGGCAACUUCACCGUCUUGGCAGCGAUGUGCAAGACGAAGAAGAAGCCGUCACGCAUGCAUCUCUUUAUCAAGCACCUGAGCCUGGCAGACCUGGUGGUGGCUUUUUUCCAAGUGUUGCCGCAGCUCUGCUGGGAGAUCACAUUCCGCUUCUACGGGCCAGACUUCCUGUGCCGGAUUGUGAAGCACCUCCAGGUGCUGGGUAUGUUUGCAUCCACUUACAUGAUGGUGAUGAUGACGGUGGACCGCUACAUCGCUAUAUGCCACCCGCUGAAGACCUUGCAGCAGCCCACACGCCGCUCCUACGUCAUGAUCGGCAGCACGUGGCUGGGCAGCCUUGUGCUCAGCACCCCACAGUACUUUAUCUUCUCACUCAGUGAGAUCCGCAAUGGCUCAGACGUCUACGACUGCUGGGGCCACUUCAUCAAACCGUGGGGCAUCCGAGCCUACAUCACCUGGAUCACAGUGGGCAUCUUCCUUGUGCCUGUCAUCGUGCUGAUCAUAUGUUACAGCUUCAUAUGCCACAGCAUCUGGAGGAACAUCAGGUGCAAGACAAGAAAUAGGCCUACAGCGUGCAAAAGCGGGCUGAUAGGGAACAGCUCGGUGAGCAGUGUGACCACCAUAUCUAGAGCCAAACUUAAGACUGUCAAAAUGACAUUUGUCAUCGUGCUGGUGUACAUAGUGUGCUGGGCGCCGUUUUUCAUCGUGCAGAUGUGGUCGGUCUGGGAUAAGAACUUCCUUUGGGACGAUUCAGAGAACAUGGCAGUGACUCUCUCAGCCUUGCUGGCGAGCUUGAACAGCUGCUGUAACCCCUGGAUCUAUAUGAUCUUCAGUGGUCAUCUCCUUCAGGAUUUCACACACUGCUUCCCCUGCCGUCAGAAAAUACACCACAAUGACAAGAAGGAGGAUUCAGACAGCAGCUUACGGAAGGCCACUGUACUCACCAAGAUCGGCAAUCGGAGCCCCAUAUGUAGUUUAAAAGACCUUGAGCAUUCCUCUCAAUCUACUCGGCCAGAGACGUGAUGCUUUUAGAGUCACAUGUUUAUAAAGUCCUGUUGGGAACAGGGUGAUAAUUUGUGUGUAGACUAUGCAGUAAAUCUCAAGCAUAGAGAAAGCACCAUAGAUGUAAUCACCAAGCACAAGGUAGUUCUGUGCCCAUCAAAUGAGCUGGUUCAAAAUGUAUUUUGGCUCCAGUGAGCCUAUACUGCCAUUUUCAUGGCAGUACAAACUAUACAACUGAAACACAGAAAUGAAAUGACCUGCAGUUGAAAUACAUGUUUCUUGCUUUUAAAUAUGUAUAGAAAUGUACAGCAGUGGAAAAUAGAAAAAAAAUUUAUUGACUGUGAUGUAGUACUCAGUGUUCCUGGUCUUCUGAGAACUUGUUUUUUGUUUACAAGAUUACACAGUGACCUCUUGAGCCUUUUGUGCCACAAAUGAUUAUGUUUCAGUUGCUUAUAUUGAAAGCAUGAUUUGUGUUGUUAUAUGUGCCCUCUGCCCCUACAUGCUCCCCUUUCCAAUGCGUGUUCCUUCCGAGCAAAGAACACCACAUUUCUGUCUGUUAUGAUUAGAUUUUCCUCGCUUUUCCAGUCCUCAUAUCCCAUUUACUCCUACUGCAUUAUUUAUUUUUAAGUUACACAACUAACUGAUCUAACUGAACUUAACUCCUGCAACCAAGUAUGAGAUGCUGUUUACCAAUUAAUGCCAUCUUAUUAUUUUACAUAGAGAAUGUAAUUGUGGUUGUGUUAGCAAUCUUUUCAUAUUUAUCUUCCUACAUAUGGAGUUAGAUUAUUUUAGCAGUUUAACUGUGACUUUAAAAUUCAAUUCAUCUUGUUGUUUGUACAUGUGUUAAAGCCGUUGAUGAUGUACAGUUCGAUUUCUAAAUGGCAGCAAAUGAAAUGUUUUUUUGGGGGGGUCUGUAUGCCAUAUCAGAUAUUCUACAUUUGUAUGAAAUGUUUUAUCAAAGUGUAACAUUUUGACAUCAAGUAGAACAAUAUAAAAUUAAUAAUGCUGGUUGAAGUGUUGUUGAUGCAAGGUCUGUUGCCGUCCCAUGCAUAUUGAUGUUUUCAGUUGCAAAAACACAAUAAAUCACUCUUUCCUUU